UUACUGAGGGACACAGAAUUGUUACUGAGGGACACAGAAUUGUUACUCAGGGACACAGAAUUGUUACUCAGGGACAGACACAGAAUUGUUACUGAGGGACACAGAAUUGUUACUGAGGGACACAGAAUUGUUACUGAGGGACACAGAAUUGUUACUCAGGGACAGACACAGAAUUGUUACUGAGGGACAGACACAGAAUUGUUACUGAGGGACACAGAAUUAGUAUGUCAGACAACACGCAGAGGAGUGGCAGAGGAGGCAAUGUUUUAGGAGCGAGCAGACGUGGCAGCAGAGGAAGGGGUCGAGGCAGCACUAGUCGCAGCCAGAGGCCAGUGCUCCCGGUGUCACCCAGCGGUCGUGUCUCCACCGACAACCCUGCCGUCAUCGAUUGGUUGACUCGGUCGUCUUCCUCUUCCCAGGUCACCUCUGACACCUACAGCCAACGGUCGGUGGGUACGUCAGACACAACCGUUAGUUGGCAUGGCCCGGGAGCAAGCCCACUGAAAUCACGUGUCCUCUACCUGCCCCUGUCCUUUGGUGUUCCCUCACCAAGCGAAGUAUCGCAUGCUGUGGGCUCAGCCCCACUGUACAGUGAGGAAGAGCUAACAGAGGGCGGUCAGGAACGGGGGGAGACAUCCGCCUCUUCAGCAGCCAGGCGAAGAAGUACUGGCGAGGAGAGUGGCUCGGUAGCCGGUCUAGAGACAGGUCUGUCUCCUGACCCA